AUGGACACGGAUGUUAAGGACGAGGAUAGUGGGUUACGUGAUCUGAGCGCUAUCAAAUCGCAUAGCAGCAAUAAAUUAACGACAAUUGAAGUCGCUAUCCCGCUAAAAAGACAGUCGCCUACACCCUCCACCUUAUCAUCUGCCCUACCUGACGAUACGUCUGGAGAUGGAACGAACGAGUACAGUACCCCAGCAAGUAGCGUUGCCCUUACUCCUGCCGAAUCGGACCUAAAUAGACCAAAGAAAAGAGUCAGUGCUUCGGUACGUGCUCGGGAACUACGUUCUAGUGCAAUGUCUCUCAGCAUACGGAAAGGACCCAAGAGAGUUCUUUCAAAUAUGACUGCAGACGACUCCGCAGUUGAAAGCUCGGAUGCAACCCUAGCUCAGGCUCUUCAGCUUCGGGAAUAUCAAGAGCCAUUCUCGAAACGACGCAAGGCUUCAAGUGGUGUUGGCUUUGAACUAGAGCAUUCUACCGACAGCGAUAGUGUUUUGACUGAGCUAAGUUAUAACGAAAGCGAUGACACCGAAGAAGAGACUAUCGGAAAGCGGCAGCCUGCACGCCGGACGAGGGGCUCUGCUCGGAGUAUUGGAAGAAAUAUAGUGUCAAACAGCGAAAAUGAUAUCUCUGUGGCGGAGGAUACGUCCGAGAGUGAACCAGAUAUCUCUGAAAGCGACUCUAUGUCGAGUGUGAAUGCGAUUCCUGAUACACAAAGACACCGGAGCUCAACUAGAUCAAGAGCUGGCACUCGAACGCGGACACGAGCAUCAAGAGCUUCUGCACCUAUGGAUCCGAUAGUUAGACGGCCACGGAUGACCUAUCGGGCAUUGAGAGAACGGAAAAAGCUCGAAAACCAACAUCCACUUAUCACGACAAUGUGGGAUGAACUUAGAAACAGUCCUCCUGUUAUUCCAGUAGCAGCAGAUCAGCCCCCUGGCAUAUCGAGAAAUCUCAAGUCAUUUCAGCUGGAAGGUUUGAAUUGGAUGAUGCAACAAGAGAGAUCCCAGUACAAGGGCGGUUUAUUAGGCGAUGAGAUGGGCAUGGGGAAGACAAUCCAGGCGGUUUCCCUCCUCAUGUCUGAUUAUCCGGUUGGGCAGCCAUCCCUCGUUGUCGUUCCCCCUGUUGCUUUAAUGCAAUGGCAAUCUGAGAUUAAGGAGUAUACGAAUGGCCAAUUGAAGGUCCUUGUAUAUCACAAUUCAAACUCAAAAGUCAAAUCGCUCUCAGAAAAAGAUCUCCAGGCAUAUGACGUGAUUAUGAUCUCGUAUUCUGGCCUUGAGUCAAUACACCGAAAAGAGUGGAAGGGAUGGAAUCGCGGUGAUGGUAUUGUGAAAGAAGACAGUAUUAUUCACUCCAUCCACUAUCACCGUCUUAUUCUCGAUGAAGCUCACAGUAUUAAGCAACGCACUACGAGUGUCGCCCGGGCGUGUUUUGCGCUCAAAGCGAAUUACAAGUGGUGCCUUUCCGGCACCCCUGUUCAAAACCGAAUCGGGGAGUUCUUUUCUCUCUUGCGCUUCCUAGAAGUUCGUCCUUUCGCUUGUUAUUUUUGUAAACAGUGCAAGUGCCAGGAGCUUCAUUGGUCGCAAGAUGCUGAAAAGCGCUGCACCCACUGUAAACACAGUGGGUUCAGUCAUGUCUCAAUCUUUAAUCAGGAAAUUCUGAAUCCUAUCGCCGAGAGCAAUAAUCCAGAAGCCCGAAAGGAAGCUCUGUCUAAACUACGCUUAAUCACUGAUAGAAUCAUGCUUAGACGUCUUAAGCGAGACCACACGGCCUCGAUGGAGCUUCCACCAAAGCUUGUUGUUUUAAAUAACGAAUUCUUUGGGGAGAUUGAACGUGAUUUUUCCAGAAGCAUUAUGACCAACUCCGCUCGACAGUUUGAUACUUAUGUGAGCCGAGGUGUAAUGCUGAACAACUAUGCCAAUAUUUUUGGGCUUAUUAUGCAGAUGCGGCAAGUUGCAAAUCAUCCAGAUCUGAUCUUGAAGAAGCACGCCGAAAAUGGUCAGAACGUGCUUGUUUGUAGUAUUUGUGACGAACCAGCAGAGGAGGCAAUUCGGUCUCGAUGCCGCCAUGAAUUCUGUCGUCGAUGUGCUAAGGACUAUGUGCAAUCUUUUGAUGCGGACUCAGUUGUUGAUUGCCCUAGGUGUCAUAUCCCACUCUCGAUUGAUUUCGAACAACCGGAUAUCGAGCAGGAAGAAGAGCAUAUCAAGAAGAACUCCAUCAUAAAUCGAAUUCGUAUGGAGAAUUGGACAUCGUCGACGAAGAUCGAGAUGCUCGUUUAUGAGCUUUACAAACUGAGAAGUAAGAAGCAGACUCACAAAUCGAUAGUCUUCUCCCAAUUUACGUCGAUGCUACAACUUGUUGAGUGGCGUCUACGACGAGCUGGGUUUAAUACUGUCAUGCUUGAUGGGACUAUGACGCCUGCGCAACGUCAAAAGUCGAUCGACUUCUUUAUGAAAAACGUAGAUGUUGAGGUGUUCCUUGUGUCCCUCAAGGCAGGAGGCGUAGCCUUGAACCUCACCGAGGCAUCAAGGGUUUUUAUCAUUGAUCCAUGGUGGAAUCCAGCCGCUGAAUGGCAAAGCGCUGACCGAUGCCAUCGAAUUGGUCAACGGCGGCCUUGUGUUAUCACACGGUUGUGCAUCGAGGAUUCAGUUGAAUCUCGAAUUGUUUUACUGCAGGAGAAGAAGGCCAAUCUGAUUAACGGAACCAUCAACAAAGAUCAAGGUGAAGCAUUAGAGAAGCUCACUCCAGAGGAUAUGCAAUUCCUAUUUCGAGGGUCUUAA